GCUUGGGUGGGUGGCGUGGAAGUACACACUAUGCACUACCGCCGAGGCAGGAAACUAGCUGCAGCCUCCAGACCCAAACAAAGCCAGCUGACACCUCCUUCCUCCCUGAUUGGCGCUGGAGCGAGGCCAGGAGCCUGCGCCCUGCUUCUUCAGGAGACACUCCGGGCCGUGGCCCUUCUCCUCUACUCGCAAAGAUGACGCUCGCCGUCCUGGUCCUGCGGCUGGUGGUCUGCAUCCUGGCGCUUCCCAUGUUUCUGCUGAACCUUCUAGGCGUGUGGAGCUGGGUGUGCAAAAAGUGGUUUCCCUACUUCCUGAAACGCUUCACCGUGAUGUACAACGAGCAGAUGGCGAGCCGAAAGCGGGAGCUCUUCAGCAACCUGCAGGAGUUCGCGGGCCCCUCGGGGAAGCUGUCACUGCUGGAGGUGGGCUGUGGCACCGGGGCCAACUUCAAGUUCUAUCCCCCCGGGUGCAGGGUCACUUGUAUCGACCCCAACCCCAACUUCGAGAAGUUCCUGUUCAAGAGUGUCGCAGAGAACCGGCAUCUGCAGUUCGAGCGCUUCGUGGUGGCGGCCGGAGAGAACAUGCACCAGGUGGCCGAUGGCUCUGUGGACGUGGUGGUCUGCACCCUGGUGCUGUGCUCGGUGAACAACCAAGAGAAGAUUCUGCGCGAGGUGCACCGAGUGCUGAGGCCGGGAGGGGCCUUUUACUUCAUGGAGCACGUGGCAGAUGAACGGUCCACUUGGAAUUACUUCUGGCAACAGGUCCUGAAUCCUGUCUGGUUCCUUGUUUUUGAUGGAUGCAAUCUAACGAGAGAGAGCUGGAAGACAUUAGAGCAGGCCAGCUUCUCAAAGCUGAAGCUGCAGCACAUCCAGGCACCACUGUCCUGGACUUUGGUGCAGCCCCACAUCUACGGCUAUGCUGUGAAAUAGUGUGAGGUGGUGGGAGAGCUCUGCUCUGUUCCGCUGGUUUAAGGCUUCCGUUUUAGAUGUAAAAUUCUAACUGGGAGAGGGAAAAAUCAAGUUGAUCCACACAGGUUUCUGCUUAGCCGUUUUCUAUAUUGUCUCCCACCGAAUCAAAACCAAAUCAGAGCAGCUUUGAACUCUCCCUCCAAAGGGACCAAAGGUCUCUCAUAGGCCUUUGAUAAGGAAGCAGUGAAGAAACUUUACAGUUUGCAAACCAAAUAAAUGAAUCCCAGUGGAGAGAAAACCCACAGCUGACUAACACAGGAACCCCCCCCCCCCCCCCCCCCCCGCCUACCCCCAUCCCUGUAAAAAAGAAUCAGAAUCCACUUGCUAUGCUGGUGUCACUAGUCUGUCUGCUUUUGCUACCACCAGUGCUCGGGCCAGCGGCUCUCCAUCCCUGGGCUCAGGGUUUUGCCAAUGCCUGCUGCACUGUCCUGCACUCCACAGCUUUUAUAAGUGCACCUGACACACCAGCGUCAUCACAGAACUGCACAGAACGGUUGGGAAGUCUCUGUUUAAUUUCCCUUUCUUAUCUAGCACAUACCUUGCUGAAUAUAAUUACCAUAGGCAGUGAAAGGCAACUACAGUUAGGGAAAUGGGUACAGUAUGUGGGGGACCCUAAAAGUAAUUCAUGAGAGUAGUUAGCAAGGACUGGGAGGGAUUCUUCUGAUCAAAUUUCACUGGUCCUGAGUGGGUGUGGUGGCACAGCCUUAAUCCCACCACUCAGGAGGUGGAGGUGGAGGCAGAGGCAGAGGCAGAGGCAGGUGGAUCUCUUUGAGUACAGCCUGAUCUACAGAUGGAGUUCCAGGGACAGCCAGAGCUACACAAAGAAACCCUAUAUCAAAGGAAAAAAACCAUCCCACUGGUCCUGAGAUGAAACCAUGGACAUCACUGUGUUCAUAUAGAGAGCGAGCCUGGGUGGGCCCAGGGGUUUCAGCUGCAUUUGUAUGUAUGGAAACAAAUGUGUAUUUUCUGAGAUGACUCUGUAGAAGUUCUAUUUUAAAUAUUAAUCAAUAAAUUUAUAUUCAUUUAAUAAUGAAAAUAAAUGGUUUCUGUGUCUUCC